CGGAGAGGCUGCCCUAACGCGGGACAGAGGCACACACCACAAGCGCCCGCAGCGCAUCCCCUGGGCAGCCCCCGGCCCGUUCAACAGGCCACACGAGUCACCGCAGCGAGACGCCGCCGCCGCGCUCCUCACAGCAACUAACAUGAGGAGGGGGCCAGCAUGGGCGCCCAUCAACGCGCCCGAGGACGCCGUCUCGAGAGCGCGGGAAGAAAAACAAAUAAGAACCUUUUUUAGGAGAGUCAAGAAAGUAGGCCCGGUCACGGACACGUCCGCGCCGCGCGGCUACGGGCUGCCGCACUUCCAGCAAAACACGAAGGCGAUUGAAGACAAGCUCAAGUGGCAGAACAAGAUCAGCCACGAGAAUCAAAUUUUGAUGAAGUCGAUCGUGCACAUCAUGGAGAACGGGACUCCUCUGUCUCAGAAACCAGAUAUGGCUCGCGUAAGAUUAAGAAGGAACAUGGCCUACAACAAGGCUAUCACGGACAAGAUCAAGAAGGAUGAAUUAAGGAAGCACAAUAGAUAUUUCGCCGGUCGAUUGCGGAAGACGCAAGCCACGCCAUCUACGAGUCACGCGUCGCACGCGAAGUUCUACGAGGACCAGGCCUAUUAUCGGAGGAACAUGGGUCGAGCGGUGCGCAUGAAGCCCCUCGGCAAACGCGGAAGCACGGGCACCGUCGUUACUGGAGAGUCUUCUGUUCAGGAUCAAGAGUACGCGGAGCUCCGAAAGAUCGCGGAUUCAGUAGACUUAACGAGGGAGACGCUGAAGACGCCCGGCCUCAAAUUACUCACGGCGAAGCAAAUUAGGGAUGAUACGGCGAAGGCGCACGGCUACGAGUUACUACCGGAGCACUCGCGGAUGUUCCUGCCGAUCGCGAUGGCCUCGGCCCUCAAGGCGCCGAAGGGUGACUACGGCGACCGCCUAAGAGAAUAGUAAACACAC